AUAUGGCAAGUUGUUUCCAAGUACGUUGUAGCAAUGCCUGAAGUAUUUGUUAAGGCUAAGCUUAAGUUUGCAGAAGCUCUGGCUGGGGCGCGAGAAUAUCAGAGAUGGUCGGCCUGUAUCCAAGGAUUGAUGGGACCAAUGGACAUGACAAUAGCGCGGAUGUUUGUUGAUGCACAUUUUGAUGAGAACACUAAAUCGACGGUAAAGUGAUGUUAUUCGUUGCGGUUAAAUUGAACCCUUCUCCCGCGGUAUAGGUAUAGAAUCCUUUUUAUCGCGGGAAAAAUUAAACCGGGUGUGUGACUGCUUCUUUCUGGCCAUAUUUAGAGAUCCCGGGUAGUCGGUCUGGUCGGGAGAAAAGACGUGACGCUUAUCUCUGGAUGUUAGUGAAAGUAAAUGACACUGAAAACAUAUUCAGUCGAGUGGCUGUAAAUUUCCCUCGCAGCAGUCGACGCAGGGGAGUCAGCGCCUUCCGCUAGAAUGAAACGUAUUGUUGUCAGUUCUUCUCAGAAGAAUAACCACGAGAAAUUGCUCCUUGGUUUGUAACCACAGCUGUUGUUUACGAAUUGCUCCUUUACCAAUGAUAUUUGACAAAUCGAUAACAAUUUUGCUAUGGUCUCUGCCCCUAUCGACCAUAAGCAUGUCGUCGUAAUGUUCAAAACUCGCGUGGAACCACGAGUCGGAUUUCUUUCUAAAGUCUUUUUGUGACGUAAUAUAUCAAGCAUGAGACGCCGUGUUUCAUCACCAAAACACCAAGAAGAGAGUUGCAAAUACGACGCGCAGCAGAUCAUUUUUGAGAAACUUCGAGGUGCUUCAUCUGGUAAUGAAACACUGUGUCUCAUGCUUUAUAUUACUUCUCAAACUAAACGAUUUUAGAAGGAGAAUUUGAGGAUGCCAUAAUGAGCAGUUUUUCAUCUGAUUUCCAAACACUCAUUAAACAUUUAUUCCUUUGUAUUUUCUUAAUGAAUUAUUAGUGAGUUUGCGAAAGGUACUCCUACAUGAAAGAAUAAUUUUUCCUUAAAACCAACUGAACGAGCCCAAAUUUGGACUCAAAUUUAUAAUAUACCGGUCACUAUGUUCAAGAUGUACGAAGCUUAAUCAUUACAUGAGUCAGCGACGACCUCUUUUUUAUUUGCUUUAGGUAAAGGAUAUGACCACUCGUGUUCGCAAAUCUUUUAUUAAUAACCUUGGUUCACAAGACUGGAUGGACAAGAGUACAAAAGAUGCGGCUAAAGAAAAGGUAUGCUAGCACCCNAGAAUUUGAGGAUGCCAUAAUGAGCAGUUUUUCAUCUGAUUUCCAAACACUCAUUAAACAUUUAUUCCUUUGUAUUUUCUUAAUGAAUUAUUAGUGAGUUUGCGAAAGGUACUCCUACAUGAAAGAAUAAUUUUUCCUUAAAACCAACUGAACGAGCCCAAAUUUGGACUCAAAUAUAUAAUAUACCGGUCACUAUGUUCAAGAUGUACGAAGCUUAAUCAUUACAUGAGUCAGCGACGACCUCUUUUUUAUUUGCUUUAGGUAAAGGAUAUGACCACUCGUGUUCGCAAAUCUUUUAUUAAUAACCUUGGUUCACAAGACUGGAUGGACAAGAGUACAAAAGAUGCGGCUAAAGAAAAGGUAUGCUAGCACCCAGGGAUGAAAAAAACCGGUGAAGGAACGUUUCCUAGAACGUUUGGUGUGUGUGGCAUACUUCCUAAAUCCUUUACUCUGUUUGUGACCUUUGUCCCCUAGCCCUGGUAGAGUGUUUUCACAUGACGUCACGGCGGCCAUAUUGGUGUCUCGAAACAAUAAAACGGCGGCCAUGUUUGUGUCCCAAACCAGUCCUGUGGGAGUUGAGUUCUUUUCUUAUGUAAACGCUUUCUUUUGUUCCAAUAAAUUUGCAUAGAUUCUGGCCACGUGAGUGAAAACAGUCUAUAGAGUGUUUUUACUCACAUGACAAGCAGCUAUGCAAUUUUAUUGGAACGAAAGGACGUUUUACAUAGGAAAAAAAGUUCAACUCCAACAGGAUUCGUUUGGGACACAAACAUGGCCGCCGUUUUAUUGUUUCGACGACUACCUCUACUGAAAAAAUUUUGGUAUGACACCAAUAUGGCCGCCGUGACGUCAUGUGAAAACACAAAGCGCGUUCACGUGGCCAGCAUCUAUGCAAAUUUAUUGGAACAAAAGAAAUUUUUACAUAAGAAAAAGGUUCAACUCCCAUAGGAUUGGUCGCUCUAAGGCCAUUUCCGAGUUGCUCCAAGCCUCUGUUUCAAAGCGAGGCUAAGUGUGAGGCCAUUAAUAUGAAAAUAAGAUAAGAUAAGAUUAAGACCAGCUUAGUCCCUAGGCAUUCUCGUCUCGGUCAAUCCUGGACUCUACCGUGAUCUGUGACGUCACCGAGAGAUACUUCCCCGCUCUCUCUCAGACGUCGCGCGGACAACGGAUCAAGAGAGAACGCCUAGGGACUAGGCUGGAUUAAGACUUUAUUUAGUGAGGGUUGACACAAAAUAGCCGGAGCUAAUAAACUUAUGGCCCUCUUUUAUUCUCGUGCAAAUUAAACUCAUUUUCUCAACAAAGGUUUUUCUCUUAGCCUCGUUUUGAAAGUGAGAGUUGUUGGAACUCGGAAAGGGCCUAAUAGGCCAUUUCCGAGUUCCCCCGGGCUUCUGUAUGAAAACGAAGUUAAGUGCUCAGUCUUUCAUAUUCAAAUGAUUUUUCAUUCUCAUGCAAAUACAACUCAUUUUCAUAAGAAAGUUUGUGCACUUGGCCUCAUUUUGAAAGUGAGGGUUUUUGGAACUCGGAAGUGGCCUGUUAAGGUUAGGAGACAAAAGAGAUGGAGAAUUGACCUGAAGUACCUGAAUUUAAUUUUGACACGGACCGCGGACCAUUUAUCCUUUUUUUGGUGUUACAGGCCAAUGCUAUAAAAGAGGAUGUGGGGUACCCCUCUUUCAUUAAAGAUGACAGCAAACUUGACGCGCUUUACUCAAUGGUGAGCAUAUCUUUUGAUGGUUGUGUUUGAUUUAAUUUGUUUUAUUCUUGACUGAGUCUCGAGAUUGAAGAUGUGGUUAUAUUCUAGUUUCGUAUAUAUAUAUACGGUAACACUGUAGUGACGAUUGAGAUUAAACGCGUUAAAAAUCAAAAAACGAAGAGGCAAGUAUUUGAAAAAAAAAACCCUAUAAGGCAAUGGAUUGAACUGCUGGUGUUGGGGGCGGGGGAGAACUCCCUCUGAUGGCGUAUACAGGGAGGCUCCGCCCGAAAGCGUUCCCUUUUUCAUUCUUCAAGUAUAUGUAGGAGUAGGGAUUUCACUCGUUGAAGUAUAUGAAAGGGUAGAGAAAUCUGUCAUUUCGGUCUGUAAAAUUACCUAAAAGGGUCACAGAAAGAUUUUAUGGCUGUGAAAGUCGAGAAAAUUUUUAUGGUUUUGUAAAUAGAAUAAAGUUAAUUUAUUCCUUAUUUGACAAGGGAUGCAAAGUUUUAAACUAGGUAUGCGAGAGGCGAGAGAGAUAACAUUUGUCAAAGAAAGGUAUACUAAAGGGGUAAGGGGUUGGACCUCGGGAUAGAGCCUCCCCGUAAAUUUUGUUGAGUAACAACCCCCCUCUCCCCUAUCCCCGUGGGAUUACACUGCUGUGAAAUUACCCUUUUAAAAAGUUUUUUAUGGGAAUAUUUUGCUUUAUUUCCGUAAUUUGAUUGGCUAGUUUUGCAAAAGUGACCCUGGCUUCUUUAGUUACUUUACAAUUGACAACUUCUUGACUGUUUUUUAUUGUUGUUGUUUUCUGGUCUCUAUGUACCUAUAUCCUACUUCGACUUGUUCAGCACUUAUUUAUAUUAUAUUAUUAUAUUGUUUACCAAAAUUUAAUUUGAUCUUUCUCUCCCAAUCACCAGUUGAUUGUAAGCGAUGAUUUUUUCGACAACACUUUGGCAUUGAACAAGAUGGUGGUCCAGAAAAAUUUGGGAAUGCUUGGGCAACCAGUCGAUAGAAAUAAGUAAGCGCCACUGACGAUUUACUGUGUUUAAAAUACUAUAUAAGGCUAAAUACACACUACGUUUAGUUGUUCCAUUAAUUGAUGCUGUCGUUGAUUAAAAUAAUUUUUCUCCAGUACUUUUAGUUCAUUUCUUUCUCUCUGUCCAGUGCAAUUUUGUGUUUCAGCGACAGUAUCCCCAUAAUGCCUAUAGUACUGCCUCUUUUUUAAAAAAUUGUUAAACACGCACCUUACGAAGGCACGGUGGAGGAUAGCGUUUGUAAAGAGUCUCUUAGUCCUUUUUAGUUUAGUGUCAUUCAUUUAAUGUGCUUUACGUCAAUGCGAUUUACGUCUACGAGGGCCCUCCGGUUUUCAAAGUGCUGGCAAUUCCCAAGGCUUUUCUUCAUGGGUAGGAGGUUAUGGGUAAGAGGUUGGACGAUGUUGUAACCUUGAACCAUAACUCGAUGGUUACACAGCUCUCGUGUUUGCCAAUCAUUCUGUAACAUUUCUUGUGCAUCUUUCAGGUGGUUAAACGGUCCUGCACAAAUCAAUGCUUAUUACAGUCCGCAGCAGAAUCGCAUA